AGCUUCGAUUAUCCUCGGGGGCUGUCGGGUUUCGAGGGACUUCAUUGGUGGAAACCUUUUGAAAUUUCAACGGAAAACAGAGUCCAUCUUGGCACGAGUGACAACAUUGAGUUUAUUGAGUUAUUCCCCUGGAAGAGUGCGUUUUUCUCGUUGAUUAGAGUGAAAUUUUAGCGGCACGAAACAUGGAUAAUGCCGAUACCCUCGAGGCUAUGCAAACACUCCUGGAGCAAGUGGCUCUCCCCUCAUCGCUGGAGCAAAUAAAAAGUCCGACCGAGGAUUUCAUGGUGAACCUCAUCUCGGCGUUUUUCACUCACUGCCAUAUUAAUGUUGCUGCGAUUAAACAGCUGACACCGAACCAGCUGAACGCCCUGGAGGUAACGAACCCGGAGAACGCCUGGGUGGCGCCCAUCCUGAACCUCCGAGAGGCAAUGGCGACUGUGGGCCGUAAGAUAUUCCUGAAGGACUUCCAGAUCACGGACAUCACAUCCCCCCGCCACAUCAGAGCCAAGAGGCAGCUCAGGCUCAUGGGGAAUUUCCUCCUCUACGCGAACAACAAGAAGUCCCACAUGCAGGGGAGAAUCGAUGGGGUUUUGUCCAGAGCAGAGAGGAUCCAGAGUGUCCGGACGCAGAAGCAGGAGAUCAUGGAGAGGAUGAACAAGCAGGCGAUGACGACGGCCCAGAAGAAGGUGGAGCUCGAGAGGAUACGGGAGGACGUAAACGAUAAUGAAGUCAGGAUUUCCCAGAACAAAAGUAAAAUCGCGAGUGACGAUAAAGUGCUCAAAGAGAGGGAGGAGUUGAGGGCUCAGAAGAUCGCGAGGAACCAGGCCAAGAGGGCGAACCUGCAGAAGCGUCAGGACACCCUGGACGAACUCAGUGCGAGGAUCGUCAAGUCUCCUGAGAAGUUCAGGGCGCAGUUGAGGGAGCUCACAGAGGCCAGGAAAAAUCAAGAGGAGAAGCGAGAGAACAUGCUGGUGGCUAUUCUCCACAAGAAGACACUACUCCAGAAUUUCGAAGCCGCUCUGGGCCUCAUCAAGAAGGAGCAGAGUAAAUUGAAGGAGGUCAUUGAGGACCAGAAGAAGCUCAAGGCCAUGAAGAAGGAGAACGAGAGGCUCAGGGAGGAGGUCGAGGAGGCACAGAGGACUAUCAGUCUUGCGGAGAAUCUGGGGAAUCAGGAGGAGCACCAGGUGAUCGCUGGGGCCAUUCAGGAAUGCGAGAAACAGUGCCAGGAGAGGAUUCUCAAGGUCAAGAAGAGUUUUAUGGAGAUUGAUGCGGAGAAGAAGUCGUUGGAGAGGAAGAGGGAGAACUUGGAGAUCAGGUGCACUGAGUUGGGGUCCGAGACUUUGAAAAUUCGGAGGAUCGUGGGGGAGGUUGAGAGGGAUAUUGAGACGUUCUUCAAGGAGUGCCAGGAGCUGCAUGAUUCGGAGGUGGCGAAGGUGCAGAGGCUGCAUUCCGCAGCUAAUCCUGGGAUGGAGUGAUGAGUUUAUUGGAAUUUAUUACUUUUGUGAUUCUCCGUUGUUGAUGCAUUUUAAGAUUUCGAAAUAAAUCAUUAUUUUUGCAGUAUUUUUAAUAUUUUCAUUUUAAUGCUGUAUGAAAUUCCAAUGAUAAUUGUGUUGUUACUCACAGAUUAAUGAAGGGUGGGAAUGAGAUCGAAAUGUCGACUAGUUUCACGUCAUGAUUAAUUGAUGUUGAUUUAUUUACUGGUGAUCGCAAGAUCAAGGAAGAACCACCUUCUUGGGUAUUUUUAAUAUUGAAUUCUCACAUUAUUUUACGAUAAAGUGCUCAGAAUCCUGGGAUGGAAUGAUGAGUUUAUUGGAAUUUAUUACUUUUGUGAUUCUCCGUUGUUGAUGCAUUUUAAGAUUUCGAAAUAAAUCAUUAUUUUUGCAGUAUUUUUAAUAUUUUCAUUUUAAUAAUUGUGUCGUUACUCACAGAUUAAUGAAGAGUGGGAAGUCCUGAAGAGGAUCUCGAAUGAGAUCAAAACGUCGACUAGUUUCAUAUUGAACUCUCACAUUAUUUUAC